AUGAUGACUGCACCGCGGACUAGGUUGGCUUGCAGCGCGUGCACACGACGGAAAGUCAAAUGUAGCAAAACAGUGCCGUGCACCAAUUGCGCAAGAAGAGGAGAAGAGAAUUGGUGUGGUGUCAAUAGCGCUCAUGAUGCGCAGCAAUCAACUGUUUGGCCUUCCUCGCCAUCAUCUCGCAAUCAAGAACUCGAGUAUUUGCGCCGCAGAGUCGAUGAACUGCAGGCAAAGGCCGCACAUGAGAGUUCUAUCGAGUCUGAUAAUCAGGUACAUUCACCGAUUGAUCCCAGUGUUGGGGGAGCAUCUCAAAGGUCUCAAGCCGAACCCGUAUCGCAACCUGUGCAAGUCGAAGAAGUUACAGCUGCAACACCCCCUCACGACUCGGUACUACAAGAUGCAGCCUCUAUUCUGGAAUUUUUGGCUUGGGGGAGAAGGAAAGAUCCAGACGUCCACACCAUCGUGUCUCCCGAAGUCGACAAUCAUCUCGAUCAUCACGAGGACGUACCUGACCCGUUUUCGGAUUGCUCUUCACUGCCUGUCCUUCAGCUUUUGAUCCCCAGUUUUACACAAGUGAAGCAAUUGGUUGACUACCAUUGUGAAUCCUUGUUGUGGUAUCACGGAUCCUUCUUUGCGCCCACGUUUCGAGCGCAGCUUCAUCUAUUCUGGACCCGGCACAACGGUCAGAUAACGAGUCCGGGAAUAAAUCUACAGUGGGUAGCACUGCUCUUCUCCGUCAUGGCAGGGAGUUUGACGUGUGCGCCACCCGCUCAAGCACAAGCCUGGGGUUAUCAUGAUACUGAGCAGAUUACACUUUCGAAGCGUUGGUUCCGGGCUAUUACAACAUGCUUGAAUCAUGGCGAUUACACGUCGCGGCUUAGCAUAUUCUCCUGUCAAGCAAUCGCGACCGGUACUAUCACUGCACACCUAUUAGGAUUCAGUAGUUCACAGAGUAUUCAUCUUGCCGCCGCUGUGCGUGUCGCUCAGUCUCUUGGUCUUCAUAGACUCAGCCUCGAUGCUACUGGCAACAACAUUGAGAAGGAAAUCGGCCGACGUGUUUGGACUCAACUAUGCAGCCAAGAUUGGUUUGGAAUACCCUUUUCUGAGAGCUAUCUAAUCAACCCGCUGUAUUCCACGUCGGAGCCUGCUUCCCACUGCCAUGACCAUGACCUCGCGCCGCUUUCGCCAAAUGUUCCGACCAUCACAAGUUAUUGCCGAUUUCUCUACGAUAUAGCUGCGAUAAUGCCUCAGUUGCAAGAUGGACUGAUGUCAUGUAAUACAGCCUAUACACGCUAUGAACAGGUUCUUAGGUGGGAUGCGCGCUUGCGCAGUCUCGCUACUCAAGGGCGACCCCCAUUUCUCAACAACGUUCCUUUGGAUCCUUCCUGGCCAACCUGGGUACCUUGGGCUCGAAGGGCGUUGGCCAUCAGUUCCAGUCAUAAGAUUAUUAUGAUACACCGCUCCUUCUUGUCAGACAGUUUCACCAAUACCGCCUUCGCUUUCACACGUCGUACUUGUCUAGCGGCCUCCAAAACGAUCAUCAAAGAAUACCGGGUUGUGGCGGACGAGAGUGGCCCAGUACUAUGGAUCCAUCAAGCAUUCGCUGUAGCUGCUGCCAUCAUACUAUCACUAGAUAUUCUGCAUCAAGACCGAGAAGCACUGCAAAACACUGAGCAUCUUCAAUUGAUCGAAACUGUGGUUAGAAUACUGCGCUCCUGUCGCAACAGUAUGAUUGCUUCCCGUGGCAUCAACUUACUCGAAGCUCUUCUUGCCGAAAUCUCAAAAUUGGGGAGCAAUCCACAUGGCACAAAAAGAGCCCGAGACGGUACUGUGAUUCCAUCAUUCGACGUUCCGAAUUUCGUAAAAUCAUUCUGCGACGGGAGAUCAACAUCAAAAAGCACUCCUUCAGCAUCGGUGGUACAGGAGUCUCCGCCGGCCUACAGCACAACUGGGUUGAAUCAGCCACAAUUGACUAGCUCUACAGAUUUGGAUCUUGAUCUUUCGUUCGCUCCAGCAAUGUUGGAGAAUGCAAAUGGCUUUGAGAAUCUUCUCUAUUUGGCCAAUCAUGACCUUGCUGGAUCAUGGUCAUAG